AUGAGUACAGUGAUAGGCGUUAGUGUGUUGACUCUAGUGGCGCUAGAAGUGAAGCAAAGCACAACGAAACAAUUUACAGAUGCGCACGGUGAAAUGCUUGCUUCUUUGCCUCAGGAGGAUCUGCAUCUGAUACAGGCAGCUAGUGAGCUGAUGGCGAGAGAUCUUGUGGUGAAGAUUACGUCCACUCCGUCCAUGCGCGCUUUCUACCGUGUCGAAUCGCUUAAUAAGUACAAGCGAAGAGAUGCCCAGCAAGACGCUGACAUAUCAUCACUACUGCACAUGCGCAGCAUUUCACAUGACCACAGUCAAAACCCAUCCAACAGCAAUGUGCAAGCACAUGGUAGCGCGAUUACUGGCGGAUGCGAGCGGACAAUAUAA